AUGGAAGCUGGUGAAACAAUGGUUGAAACUAUGCGAGCAACACCUACACCUGUUACAACGGCAAGUAAUGUUACAACAACAUCAAGUGAUACACAUGAAGGUAUUAAACAAUAUUACAUUCAAAAAAUUGAAGAACUUCAAUUCAAUGUCGCAGAAAAAAGUCAAAAUCUACGACGUCUACAAGCAAAACGAAACGAAUUAAAUGCUAAAGUUCGAAUGUUACGAGAAGAAUUACAAUUAUUACAAGAACAAGGUUCGUUAGUUGGUGAAGUUGUUAAAGCUAUGGACAAGAAAAAAGUACUUGUCAAGGUACAUCCCGAAGGUAAAUUCGUUGUUGAUCUUGACAAAAACAUUGAUAUGGCUAAAGUAACACCAAGUUGUCGUGUUGCACUUAAAAAUGAUAGUUAUACAUUACAUAAAAUUUUACCCAAUAAAGUUGAUCCACUUGUUAGUUUAAUGAUGGUAGAAAAAGUUCCUGAUUCAACAUAUGAAAUGGUUGGCGGUCUUGAUAAACAAAUUAAAGAAAUAAAAGAAGUUAUUGAAUUACCUGUUAAACAUCCCGAAUUAUUUGAUGCAUUGGGUAUUAGUCAACCAAAGGGUGUCUUACUUUAUGGUCCACCAGGUACAGGUAAAACACUUUUAGCCCGAGCUGUAGCACAUCAUACGGAAUGUACGUUUAUUCGUGUAUCGGGUUCUGAACUUGUGCAAAAAUUUAUUGGCGAAGGUUCACGUAUGGUUCGAGAACUUUUCGUUAUGGCUCGUGAACAUGCUCCAUCAAUUAUUUUUAUGGAUGAAAUCGAUUCAAUUGGUUCAACACGUGUUGAAGGUAGUUCCGGUGGUGAUAGUGAAGUACAACGAACUAUGCUUGAAUUACUUAAUCAACUUGAUGGUUUUGAACCAAAACAAAAUAUUAAAGUAAUCAUGGCAACUAAUCGUAUAGACAUUCUUGAUCCCGCUCUUCUUCGUCCAGGACGUAUUGAUCGUAAAAUUGAAUUUCCAGCACCAAGUGAAGAAGCACGUUUAGAUAUUCUUAAAAUUCAUUCACGUAAAAUGAAUUUAACACGUGGAAUUAAUUUAAGAAAAAUUGCUGAAAUGAUGCCAGGUGCAUCAGGUGCUGAAGUUAAAGGUGUUUGUACUGAAGCAGGCAUGUAUGCACUUCGAGAACGACGUGUACAUGUAACACAAGAAGAUUUCGAAUUAGCUGUUGCAAAAGUUAUGCAAAAAGAUUCGGAAAAGAAUGUUUCAUUAAAAAAACUUUGGAAGUGA